AUGGCGGAGGCGUUCGUCACGGCGCAGUCCGGCCUGAUGAUGGGGAAGUUCUACAAGGCCCUUGUCGACAGGGACGGCGAAGGGUUCCUCGCGGUGCUGUGGCGCGCCGCGCUUCUGUACGCGCUGACUGCAUUCUUGAUCUCCAUGAUGGACUUCCUCUCAGAGCUCCUGGCGCUGCGGUGGCGGGACGAGAUGACGCAGGCGCUCCAGCAGCGGUACCUCGAAGACAGCAGGUUCUACCACGCCGUGCGCAGAGUCGACACGUGCGACCAGCGCAUCGUGGCGGACGCCAGAGAGUGGAGCUGGUAUCUUGGCCAGGUGGUGAAGAUCGUCGUCGCGGCGCCCCUGAAGAUCGUCUACUACGCGUGGCUCACGGUCCGCCUCGUGGGCUGGUUGGGCGUGGGCAGCUCCGUCCUGUUCUUCUCCGUCGGAGCAGCGACGCAGUCCGCGGUCGUGCGCCCGAUCUCGAAGCGCGUGUACGAGCAGGAGCGCAGAGAAGGACGCUUCCGAGUCGGGCACGUGCGCGUCCAGGGCAUGGCGGAGAGCAUCGCGAUGGUGGGCGGCGGGCGCGGGGAGCUGCGGUCGCUGCAGGGGCUGCUGCGCAGCGUGGUGCAGAACCAGUUCCGCGUCGUGACGUGGCGCUGGCUGCUCGGAUGGAUCAUCAAGAUGCUGGAGUACGGCGGAAGCGUCCUGAACUACGUCGUGGUGGCGCUCGCGGUCUUUUUGUACCGCUCGGGGGCGCCGGACGGCGCAGACGACCGCGGGGCCGGCGAGAUCGCGCAGCUGAUUAGCAACUCGUCUUUCGCGACCCUCUCCCUCAUAUGGAGCCUCACGCAGCUGCUCCGGACGGGCAAGGACGUAGCGCAGCUGUCGGGUCUGACGUUCCGCCUCCACGACCUGGCCGCCGAGCUCGGCCUGGCGUCGCGGGGGGGGUCUCCUGCCCGGCAUCAGGACCGCGUCUACGAGUUCGACAGACGCAGGCGGAGCCUCGAGGUCGAGAUGGGGUACGACGGAGCCAUCCGGGAGGCGCACAGGUGCUCCAACGGCAGCGCGGCUUCCCGGCCCGACUCCCCCGCGCCACCUUUCGUCGGCAUUGCACCGUCAGCGGGAUCCGCGGGCGGGUGCGACACCCUGCUGCCUCCGACCGCGGCGCGGAUCGCGGACACCGACGACGAGCUCGAGGUCUCCGUGCACGCACUGGGCCGCGCCUUCGCGCGGGACCUGCGGGGGGUGUGUCCCGACUUGAGCUGGCAGGGAGCGGGGGGGGACUCAGACGGGGCGCCGAGCGCGCAGGGGUGGGCGUGGCGCCGGCCCUUGGUGGAGCGCGGCGGGCUGCGCGGGCGGCGCGUGCUCGCGGUGCCGGUGUUUCAGUUCGCGCGCGGCGGGCAGAGUUUGGCUCCGCGGGACAGUUUGUCGGCGCAGGAGGCGGACGCGCACGUGACGGAGGUCGAGGCGGAGAUGGACCGCAUGCUGCGCGUGUUCCUGUCCUUCGUGUCGCGCGUGGAGGCCGAGCUGAAGGCCCAGGGGUUCUGGUGCAGCGGGAUCGAUCCGCGAACGGGCCUGGCGCUCUCAGGACGGACAGGUGCGAGGUACAGCGAGGUGCGCGGUGCGCAGGCGCUCCUGAACUACGCCGUCGACGACAGAUCGCUCUGUCCGAUCGUGCGCCACCCCACGCACGGCGCGUCGGCGUACCCUGCCACGCUGUUCACCACCGCACCCGCGUCCACGCUGGCGGACGUCCUGUCGCGGAUCUGCCAGCCCCUCGCCGCGUCCCACGCGCCCCCCGAGCCCCAGGCCGCUCCCACACCCGCCGGACGCGAGCCCGACGCGGCGCACCUGCGCAUCAGCCGCCUGUCGUGCCGAGCGCCCGCCGACGGCCCGCCUGUGGUGCACGACCUCUCCCUCGUCCUCCCGCCGGGCCGGGCGCUGCUCGUGACGGGCCCGAGCGGCUGCGGGAAGAGCACGCUCCUGAACGUCAUCCGCGGGCUCCAACCGCCGGACUCUGGGUCGGUCGAGGUGCUGCUGCCAGACAGAGUGGUGGCGUGGGCGCCGCAGAGGGCGGUGCUGGCGCCGGGGGAGUCGACGUUGCGCGAGCAGCUCGCGUACCCCUCGCAGGCGGCGGGCGAGGGCGCGCGCGGCGGGCAGUGGGAGGCGGAGGCGCGCAGGGCGCUGGAGGUGGCGCGGCUGUCAGGGUUGUUGGCGAGGGACGCGGCGCGGGGACUGGACGCGCGGGCGGACUGGACGGCGGUGCUGUCCCCGGGAGAGACGCAGCGGCUGGUCGCCGCGAGGAUCCUCCUGGCGAGGCCACGGCUCGUGUUCCUCGAUGAGGCCACGAACGCCGUCUCGACCCCGGACGAAGAAGCCUUCUACGCGGCCCUGCGGGCCACGGGCGCGACCGUCGUGUCCGUCAGCCACGCGAGCGCGCUGCAACGGCACCAUGACCUGCACCUCCACAUCACCGGCGACGGGUCCGGCGCCUGGACGCUCGAACAGAUCCGACGUGCCAGCGCCAGCCAUCAUGCGCCUACGCCGCCCCACGGGGACCCGCUGUCGCAGCAGUCGGUGCUGUUCUCACACGGCAGCAACCCUCCGACAGUCUGA